GAUGUUCUUGGCCGAAAACCGGUCAUUGCUUAUAAUAUGUUAGGUUUUGCAGCAAGGUGUGCCGUCUACAUAGCAGUAAUGCACUGGAAAUUGCCAACACGUUAUCUUCUUAUAGGAUUUUUUCUAGAAGGGAUUUCUGGAGGUUAUUUCGUUAAUACUCUUCUAGCGUUCGUAUAUACAGUAGAUCUAACUGCAAAGGGACGUCUCCGGGGAACCUUUCUUGUCAUUGUGGGAAACCUGUCUUAUUUAUUCUAUGGUGUUGUUAACUUUGCUACAGGUUAUUUUAUUCGUGCUUUUGGAUUUCUCUGGCCGACAGUUAGCUCUUUAAUAUUUAAAAUAGUUCUCGUGCUAUUAUUGCUAGUUUUCGCGAAGGAAACAGUGAAAACACGGGGGAAAUGGUCAGAUCUGAAACUUGGUAAAAGUAUGAGACGUGUUUUGAAAUUUUAUUUAAAAACUGACAAGUACCAAAAUAAAUAUUCACGGGUGAAAUUUAUUUUGUGCAUUAUCUGUUUCAUAACAUUAAGUCAAAGUUUAUAUGGACUAUGGAGCAUUGAAACAUUAUACCAUUUCAAUUCACCGUUUUGCUUUGAUUCUAUUAAGCGUGGACGUUACGUCGGAAUUAUAUCUAUUGUUCAACCGAUUGUCAGUACAAUUGCUUUAAAGAUCUUCCAGCUCUUU